GUUUAUGGUUUACAGCUACCGGCUAUAAGGUCACCACCAUGCCAUGCGUGCAGUCGUUACAGUAAAGACGGAUCUUGUCAAUUUCUCCGGCGAACACAUUGUGCUUGUGCCCGCGCGAGCGACCACACCGUCACCGCUGCACGCUCUACACCAUCAGUUGAACUGUCGCCGUCGGACAUGCCGAGCUGAGAGUCUCCGGCAACCGCAAUCCAACAUACCUAUUUGCCGUUUCGCUCUCUACCAUGACAGACGACAAAGAAAAGCAAGCCAAAGCUGUUGAAGCACAGGAGGCGGCCGCAAACAAAGAGGUCGACCCCGUACAACGGGCCUUAGGCGAUUUUGGUUGGUGGCAGUUUUGGAUCGCUUUCUCGUUGUCCUUGCUCAAGUUCCCCAUAGCUUGGCAUCAGCUAGCCAUUAUAUUUUUGGCGGCCAAAACGCCAUUCAAAUGCGAGGACGGCUUCGUCCACGCCAACAACACCAUCGGCGACAGGUGUAGUACCCGCGACCCUUUGACGCAUCAGAUAGUGCCGUGCCAACGAUUCGUCUACGAUAGGUCCGUGUUCCAGGAGACCAUAAACACCGAGUGGAAUUUAGUGUGCGGUAGAUACCAAUUGUCCAACGUCGCCCAAUCGGUAUUCAUGCUGGGCGUGUUAAUCGGCAAUGUCUUAUUCGGUGUGUUCGCUGACAAGUACGGCAGAAAGGUACCGAUGAUUUUCUCCAUUGUCUUGUUGCUGGUCGCCGGCGUUGGCACGUCGUUAGCUCCUUGGUACGAGUUGUUCCUUCCGCUCAGAUUCGCCACCGCAAUGGCCAUCGGAGGACUGAUGAUUACCAGCUUCGUACUGACUAUGGAAGUUUUGGGUGGCAAAUGGCGGACGAUAGUGAGCACCUUACAUCACAUUCCGUUCAAUUUAGGACACACGAGCCUGGGCCUCAUAGCGUACUUCAUCAGGGACUGGAGGCAGUUCCAGUUAGCCAUAACGUUGCCGGCUCUGUUUUUCUUCUCGUAUUGGUGGGUGGUUCCGGAAAGUCCACGGUGGCUAUUGGCGAUGGGCAGGAAAAAGGAAGCGUGCAAAAUACUGACCGCCGGCGCUGAACACAACAAGCGGAAAUUGGACAGCGAUUUCGAGAAGUCGAUGAACGUGCCGGCCGAGAAAUCCAACGACAACAAAGCCAACGUGUUCGACUUGUUCAGGACUCCCAACCUGAGGAAAAAAACGCUGGCCGUGUUCUUCAACUGGACGGUGUGCGGCUUGUGUUUCUACGGUCUGGCGCAGUACAUGGGCGAAAUAGGCGGCAACAUAUUCGUCAACGUGGCGUCGUCGGGCCUGAUCGAGCUGCCCGGCGCGUUUUUGUGCAUUUACCUGAUGGAGCAUUUCGGCCGCAGAAACACCCUGCUGUCGGCCAACCUGAUCACGGCCAUGGCGUGCAUACUCAUCACUUUCUUGCCGCAGAACUCCGACGUAGAACACAUCAAGUUUAUACUGGCGUCGUUGGGCAUAGUCGGAUCGUCAAUAGCUUUCCCGACAAUAUACCUUUUCAGCGGCGAGUUGUUCCCGACAGUGGUGCGCAACGUCGGUGUCGGGACGGCGUCCAUGUGUGCCCGAAUAGGCUCCGUCAUCGCACCCUUCGUCUCUUCGCUGGGUAUAUUCAACGUAUACUUACCGCCGUUGGUUUUCGGUACGUUCCCUUUGAUUGGCGCCGUUUUGUGUUUGUUGUUACCCGAGACCCAAGGAAGUCAAUUGCCGGUAACCAUCGAAGACGGAGAAAAUUUUGGCCUCAAAAAAAGUCAACAACCGCCAAAAGCAGCAAAUGGUACGUCCAAUACCGGAUUUGUAGCCGACGAACAGCUGUAAUACGUUCCCAUCAUGUGCAACAUGUCCAUGUAUUACAUUAUUAUUAUUAUUAUUAUUUUAUAGGCUCCCUGUAUUAUUAGUAAUAAAUUGAAAAAUAUGUAUAAA